GCUUCCUCUGUGACCGACCUGGUGUGUCUUUGCUGCUGUUCGUGCACGUGUCGGCUGCGUGGAACAUCGUGGACUUGCACGGACGUCGCAAUGGGGGCUUGCAGCGCAGUAGGCUGCUCUAACUCGCUGAAGAAAGGGUUCGCCCUUUACCGUUUUCCUCAAGGCGACAGGAAUCGAGCACGGCGCCGCGUUUGGGAAGUACGAACGAAGCGGGAUAAAUGGAAAGCCUGCGACAACUCCCGCCUUUGUGAGGUUCACUUCGAGUCUGAUCAGUUUGAGCCCCUUCGCAAAGGACCGAAGAAGCUCAAGUGCACAGCUGUUCCGACGCUGUUUCUGCAUUGCGCGGACAAGAAGAAGCGGAAACCUCCUAAGAUAAGAAAGGUCGAUUCAACACCAACGACCUUUCCUGCUGAUUCUGUGCUUGUGGCUGCCUCAAGUCAAGGGUGCCCAUCUCACCAGAUGGAUUCAAGCCUCCUGACCCCUCCUUCUGAUUCUGUGCUCGUGGCGGCCUCAUAUCAAAGAUGCCCAUCUGAACAGACCGAUUCAAGGCCAGCGACCUCCCCUGAUACUGUGCUCAUGGCUGCCUCAUGUCAAAGGUGCCCAUCUGAACAGACCGAUUCAAGGCCAGCGACCUCCCCUGAUACUGUGCUCAUGGCUGCCUCAUGUCAAAGGUGCCCAUCUGAACAGGUAAACUUCUUCGCUAUUUACUCUAGCAUCAGUUGUUUGGUUGCGGCAUAUACUGACUAGCUUAGUCCACACACUUCAGAUGGAUUCAAGCCAAGCAACCUCUCCUCCUGAUUCUGUGCUCAUGGCUCCCUCAAGUCAACGAUGCCCAUCUGAACAGAUGGAUUCAAGCCCAUCAACUUCUCCUUAUGAUUCUGUGCCCUUGGCUGCCUCAAAUCAAGAGUGUUCACUCCAUCAGGCAGCUCAUUUGAUGGUAACCACAUCUGCCACAACCAGUGACCCAAUAGGCGUUUGUUUUCGAGAAACCCAUACAACAGAGAACACAUCUUCUGGAACGCAUGAACGUUUUUCAAACACACUGCAACAGGUCUCUCCUAAAAAGGUAAGCCACCACAGCUUGCUUUUUCAUUUCUAUCACUAUCUUUUCCACAAAUCUAUAUUGUCACUUAGUACGUUUGCUUAAUGGUAGUAACUGUCAAAAUUUUAACACUCAUACUACCAAAGCUUAAGGUUUUGGUUAUUUGAAAAAAAUUCUCGAAGUCUUAUCUCUGGUGUAACUUUGUAGUCUUGGGCACUUUGAGCUACAUGCCCUUUAAAACAGCCGCUAUUGGGACUACCUUUUGCUAAUGGUUUCAUAAAUGUUUGAGCUUUGUGCAUGCAUAAAAUAAUGGCUAUGCUUGUUCUUCAUUAUGCCGUU